GAAAUCCACUUCCGGUGCUUUUUGUGACACUUUUGCUAACUCUUUUUCCUUACGUUGCUUUCCCAACUUUUAAGUUUUAACGUCCAAGUAACCACUAGAGGUCUCCUAUCGACAAAAUGUGUCCUUUUUUAAAGAUCACGAUUAAGUGGGGACUGGUGAAUGGCAUUGCGGGAGUUGUAGUUUAAUAGAAUUCAGCUGCCGGCUAACUAUCAAGUUCUCAACAACAGCAGCCGCCUUCAACUUUAGAAGAAUGGUUCACGUCGAUGGCGGAGAGCAAUGACUGAGGAUUUUGACGAAGAUGUUGUGUUUGAGAACUCGCCGUUGUUCCAGUGCCUGCAGGAUUUAGGAUACACUGACUUCGAGGCAUGUCCGACAGCAUCGCAGCAGGAGGAAUGUGGAGGGCAAGAGGAGGACCUCUCCUCUGCUGGAGCUUCAAGAGGAUGCUUCUGGAGACUGGUUGACGCCCUGUGGACCUGGAGUCCCCUUUUCCAGGCGAGUGGAUCCCAAAAGCUGGAGAAGCAGCUGGACUCGGCGUUCGGUCAGUACUCGGUCAGGUGCAUUCUGGACCAGGACGUCCUGCUGCAGGAGGACGUGGAGCUGAUCGAGCUGCUGGACCCCAGCCUGCUCUCCCUCAGCUCGUCCCCGUCGGGCUCACCCGCCCGGGCCAGCUCCCUGCCCAAACCGAGCCUCAUCUCCCAGCCCUCCCCCUGGGAUGUGGCGGCGCUGCUGGGCCUGGCUGCCGUCCUGCUGGGGCUCUGCUCCUCCUCCUCCUCCUCUGAGGGCCCGUGGCUGCUGGCCUUGGCCCCGUGGGGCCUGACUCUGCUGGGCUGGGUGGGGCUGAGGGGCGCGGCCCUGUGGAGGCGAGGCCGGAUGCAGAGGGCCGUCCACAGCCGGGCCACGCAGCUCCAGGCUCUGCUCCACGACAGCAAAACUCUAACCGGCCUGUCCCGCAAAGCCCUGCGUUUGGUGCAGGAGACCGAGGUCAUCUCCAGAGGUUUCACCCUUUUACUCGACAGGGUGAGUGCGGCCAGCUCCUUUAGCAGGGCGGGGCCGGGGGCGAUGCCACGCGGCCAGCAGCUCAUCGGACUGAGGAAGGCCUUGUACCGGGCUCUCCGCUCAGCCUUUAGAGCCUCUCGAAGGGCCACCUGUCACAUGCUCAAAGCGUUUCCUCUGAGCUCUGAGAUUGAUAAUGUGACAAACUACGUGUGCGCGGUUCCUCUGAAGGAGCUGGGGCUCGGCCUGGGAAUCGAACACCUGGGGGACGAGCAGGCCCAGGAGCUGACCGACGACUACAGCCUGCCUGCUCUGAAGAUGCUCUUCCAGCUGUGGGUGGGGCAGAGCUCUGAAUGUUUCCGGCGGUUGGCCCUUCUCCUGUCUCCGUACCGCACAGAUGAGCCGGAGGAGGGCAAGUCCAAAGCUGUCGGUUCUCCACCCCUCCCGAUGCACCGGUCCAUCGCCGCCAUGACCGAGCCGCUGCAUCACGCCCUCACCAGCUGUCUGGCUGAAGUGCAGCGCAGCUACGACUUCCACCGGCACUUCGAAACCCAGCCCAGGACGGCGAGCUCGGACCGGACCGGGCGAGCCCGAGAGAAAUGCCGGGAGCUCAACACCCUGCACACCUCCAUCCGGAGUCUGCAGCUGCACCUCAAGGCCCUACUCAGCGAGAUGAUCAUCUUGGAGGACGACCUGGAGAAGCUGAUGGUGUCCAGGGAACCGACCGAGCUGACGCUGGAAGGUUACCAGGACCUCAGCGACCGGCUCCAGCAGCUGCAGCCGCACAUGCAGGCCAGCGCCGGCUGCUGGGAGGACACCGUCAACCAGGUGGAGCGCAUGCUGAGACGAGCCAACGCAUGCACAGGUGAUCCCGCCCCUCCGGAGCGCUGCGAUCCUCCUGAGGCUGCAGCUCCUGCUCCCCCCCCAUCUUUUCCCUUGAUUCUGGAUAAAGACCCAGUGCCAGAGGAGCUGGAAUGGGAGGCCUACGUGUCCGACUCGGACUCUGACGGGGAAGGCGGGGGGUCAUGGUCGGACGUGUUUUCUCCGGAGGAGCGGGAACGACAGCGGAGGGAGAGGGAGGAGUCCCGUCGCGUCCUGUCGGAGCUCAAAGCUGUCCUGGGCUUCCGUGCGUCCGAGGGGGAGAGGAUGAAGAGGAAACAGCUGCUGUUCAACGACCAAGCUGCUGCUCCGCCAUCGGCUCUCUCAGAUCCUGCCACAGCGCUGUCAGACGCUUCCACAGAUGAAGGAGGAAACCCCCCAUCGCAGCGCCCGGCAGGAAACGAAGAGGAGGAAGGGGAAGGAAAAGCUGGCAGGGUGACGCCUGACCCCUCUGCUGUCGCCGUGACAGAAUUCAGCUGCGGCGUGGAGCGCGAGGAUCCCGGAGCCACAUCGGUCUGCAGCAGCGGAGGAGGAGGCGGAGCCUCGGAGCUGCACCAGUACGAUGGCGUUGAGGGGGAGGAGCAGAACGCUCUGGAGUGCUUCCUGAGGCCCAAAAUCCCCGCCGUCUCCGUGAUGGACAGACUGACCGAGAUGCACGGCUCAGAGACUGUGAGCUUCAGCUCAGCCAUCGCCGCUCAGGUUGCCGCACGCUCACAGUCGCUUAUGAGCAUGGAGGAGCAGACGUUUGGCGAUGAUGAUGAUGAGGAAGAGGUGGAAGAGAGCAGUAGAAGAACCUGAGACGGACGAAGCUGAAAGCUCACUGCUUUGAUAAAGCACGGACUGUGUUUUACUGUUUCUGAUCCACGUCUUUGCAGCUUCCGACAUGAGACGCUUUCAUCGCCGCCCAUCCGUCCACGUCUCGGUUUGUGAGCCCACUGUUCUCGAUGCUCUUAUGCUGUUGAAGCUCAGGUACCAGAACCACAAACGCAGAACCUCACGCUGUUCGGACCAGACUAGCCCUCCGUUCACAAGCAGAUAAUGUAAAGGACAAACACCAUCAUCAUCUUCAUGGUGAAGAGGGAAAGCUGGGAUUCCGUGAUAGCAGUAAAAGCUGUGAUCAGAUGAUGGA